AUUUCACCCUAAACCGAGUUCUUCCAUUUCAUCCCAUGUGGCACCGUGUAAUGACACUGAUUCAUCAGUGAUACAAAUAUUUUUAUAUUAUACAACUGGGAUACAAAAAAUAAGCUUCAAUAAUGGCCAGUUUGAAGGUUGAUAAUCCAGAAAAACCCGUACAAGAAACAGCUCCGAUUCAUAGAAUCAGGAUCACCUUAACUUCACGCAAUGUUCGUUCGCUUGAGAAAGUUUGCGCAGAGUUAAUUCAAAGAGGAAAGAAGCAAAAACUCAAAGUCAAAGGACCUGUGAGGAUGCCUACAAAGAUUUUGAGGAUUACAACGCGAAAAACACCUUGUGGUGAAGGCUCGAAAACAUGGGAUCGCUUUCAAAUGCGUAUUCACAAAAGGGUUAUAGACCUUUAUUCGCCUUCUGAAAUUGUUAAACAAAUAACCAGUAUCAAUAUCGAGCCCGGUGUAGAGGUUGAAGUAACUAUUGCCAAUGACUAAAGUGAAAAUAAUGAUUUUAUUGCCAUCAUUACAUAUUAAUAAAAAACACUUUAUAAACAUUUA